UGACCUUGGGGGAGGUGUGUCCUAGUGUCUCUGAAAUCUUAUGAAUGAAAUUCCAGAGGAUUGUAUGUGUGUGUGCCUCUCUCGCUGUGUAUGUGUAUGUGUGUAUCUCCUCGUGUAUGCGUGUGUAUAUGGAACAAGGGAGGGAGACUAGUUGUUAUUCUGAUCACAGCUUCCCUGAUUCACAGACUUGGAGCUGAUCAUGAAUAUAAGUGAAGACUUUGACGUCAGAGUUGAGAUAUAUCAGCAGACCCAAUGGGGCAAGAAUAUUAAGUGCAAGUCAAUGCCAGCAAUCUGCCAACGUUAUUAGCAAUGUUAACCAAGGAAUGAAGCUUAAUCCCAAGGACUGGAAGGACUAGCACGAAAAAAGGGGGAAAGCUGAUCAGCAAGAAUCAAACAAAGCGAUGCUCCACAACCCCGCAGCAGCUGCGGCCGCCAUGGAGGAGCAGCUGCGGCAGCAGCAGCUCCGGGUCCUCCUCAACGCCUCCUCCAGGCCCUUCCCCAGCAGCAGCCGCAGCAGCAUCUGGCCGUCCAACUCCUCUGCCUCGGAGCCGGUCACGGCGGCGGCGGCGGGAGGCGGCGAGGCGGCGGCAGGCGGAGGCGGAGCGGUCAGCCCCUGGGACAUCGCCCUGUGCGCCACGGGCACGGCGGUGGCCUGCGAGAACGCGCUGGUGCUGGCCGUGCUCUUCUACACGCCCAGCCUGCGCGCCCCCAUGUUCCUGCUCAUCGGCAGCCUGGCGCUGGCCGACCUGCUGGCCGGCUUGGGGCUCGUCGUCAACUUCACCGUGCAGUACCUGCUGCAGCCGCCCAACGCGGCCGUGGCGCUCAGCGCGGCCGGGCUGCUGCUGACCGCCUUCUCCGCCUCGGUCUGCAGCCUGCUGGCCAUCACCAUCGACCGCUACCUGUCGCUGUACAACGCGCUCACCUACCACACGGAGCGCACGCUGAGCUUCACCUGCGCCCUGCUGCUGCUCAUGUGGCUGCUGUGCCUCGGCGUGGGGCUGCUGCCGCUGCUGGGCUGGAACUGCCUGCGGGACCAGGCCGCCUGCAGCGUGCUGCGGCCGGUGACCAAGGACAACGCGGCGGUGCUGGCGGUCACGUUCCUGCUGCUCUUCGCCCUCAUGCUGCAGCUCUACCUGCAGAUCUGCAGGAUCGCCUUCCGGCACGCCCAGCAGAUCGCCGUGCAGCACCAGUUCAUCGCCACGGCGCAGGCCACCUCCACCCGCAAGGGGCUCUCCACCCUCUCCUUCAUCCUGGGCACCUUCGCCCUCUGCUGGAUCCCCUUCGCCAUCUACUCGCUGGUGGCGGAUUCCAGCUACCCCGCCGUCUACACUUACUCCCUGGCCCUGCCCGCCACUUGUAACUCACUCAUCAACCCGGUCAUUUAUGCCUUCAGGAACCCGGACAUCCAGAAGUCCCUGUGGCUGGCCUGCUGCGGGUGCAUCCCUUCCACCUUCUCCUCCAGACCCAGGACAUCCAGUGAUGUAUAAAGGGGGGGUUGGCCGCCCGGAUUGUCAAAUGGUUUCAUGCUCUCCUACUCCGCGUUGUUAUGAUGUAUUACCACCAGCAGGAGGAAUCCCAGACCGACGCGUCUCCUUCCCUGGAAAAAGAUGUCAACAAGAAAAAAAAACACAAGAGUGGUC